AUGAAGAAUUCAAUCUUUGCCAGUCUCGCACUUCUUGCCUCCUCUGCUGCUGCUCAGCUAGGCUCUCCUGUCGGCUAUGCUUCUCAGAAUGGCGGCACUACGGGUGGAAAAGGCGGUACCACCACUACCGUAACGUCCUUGCCUGAAUUCACUGCUGCUGUCGGCAAGAAAACAGACACCACGGCCAAGGUCAUCUAUAUCAAGGGCGCGAUCACUGGUUCCGCAAAGGUCAACAUCGGCUCCAACAAGUCCAUUAUCGGCACUGAUUCCAGCGCCUCUCUUACUGGCGUAGGUCUUUACGUCGACAAGUCCAAGAACGUCGUCAUCCAGAACCUGAAGAUCUCCAAGGUUCUGGCUGCGAAUGGCGACGCGAUCGGCAUCCAAGCAUCUACCAACGUCUGGGUUGACCAUGUUGAUGUAUCUUCCGACAUCGACCACGACAAGGAUUACUACGAUGGCCUUAUCGACGUCACGCAUGCUUCGGACUGGGUCACUAUCUCCAACAGUUAUAUCCAUGACCAUUACAAGGCGUCUCUAGUUGGGCACUCCGACAGCAACGGCGCCGAAGACACGGGCCAUCUGCACGUAACCUAUGCCAACAACUACUGGAACAACAUCAGUUCGCGCACUCCCUCCAUUCGCUUCGGAACCGGCCACAUUGUCAACAGUUACUACAACGGCGUCUUCACCAACGGCAUCAACACCCGUCAAGGUGCCCAGGUCUUAGUUGAAAGCACUGUGUUCGAGAACACCGCCGAGGACAUUGGCUGGUACGAUGGAAAGGUGACAGGCUACGCUGUUGUCAACGAUGUCAGCCUUGGGUCCGGAACGAAUACUGCGCCAAAGGGUACUUUGACCUCGGUUCCGUACUCAUAUACUAAGCUUGGGAGUGCGAAUGUUAAGGCAUCGGUUCAGGCGAAUGCAGGUAAUAAGCUUACCUUCUAG